AUGCCCCCCAAGGACGCCCAGGAUACCUCCACAAUGCCUGAAGCUCAAGGUCUGAAAUACGAUGAGUCGGAGAUGGCUCUCUUUCACGCCAAACUCUCGUAUCACGCUACAAUCGACGAGCGGGUGGCUUCGCAAAAUAAUAAUUUGGCAUCCAUCACAGAAGCACAAGGCAAACUGUUGAAAAGAUGGGAGUUGUUAAAACAGACUGAACAGGAGCUCGCUGAACAGGGAAGGACCCUUCCACCCGCUGAUAAGACCUUGUUGGCACAGUUGCAAUGGCGAUAUAAAGAACUGGAGAAAGCAGCAACAAAAUCUUGA